UGUGUUUUCAUUGGGUACUCUCCUACCCAAAAUGGCUAUAAGUGUUAUGAUCCUCCCUCUAGGAAAUUUUUUGUCUCCAUGGAUGUCACUUUUUGGGAAACCGAGCCCUUUUACUCUCCAUCCGCUCCAUCUCUUCAGGGGGAGCAUAGGCAGGAAGAGAUGAGGGAGGUUUAUAGUCAUGGUCAGGGGGAGGAAUUAUUUUUUAAUCAUGGUGAGGGAGAGAAGGAAAAAUCUGAAGAGGAACCAGUAUCUACCGAAAGAGCAACAUAUGACAUUGGUGGUGAUAUUGAGAACAGAUCACAACGAUGGCAAAUGCUUGACUUGGAGGUCUAUACUAGAACUAGACGAAAAAAUGGAAAGCUCUCCUGUGUGAUGCCACUUUGUCAAUCACAAUUGCCUGCUCCAGUUCUGGAUUCCUCAGCCGACUCAUCUGAAUUGACAGGAUGCACUGGUGAUACCUAAGUGGAAAGGAGCUAUGGUAGAGGAGAUGACAGCUUUGAAAAAGAAUGGCACUUGGGAGCUAGUAUCACUUCCAGAAGGGAAGAAAUCAGUGGGAUGCAAGUGGAUUUUCACUAUUAAGCAGAAUGCUGAUGGUACCGUUGAGAGGUACAAGGCGAGACUUGUUGCCAAGGGUUUUACUCAA